CAUCGAUAAAUAAAUAUGGCGAUGGAACGGAUAAAGUUCUCCUACGUAAACACUACAAAUCGCCCCCAUUUCAGAAAAUAAAGAUGAUUUGUUGUGAUAAUGGCAAGCAAGAAAAUAGAUAUCAACAAGGCUAGUGUAGAAGACUUUGAAAAAUUAAAUGGUAUUGGUUUAAGAAAAGCUAAAGCUAUCAUCAAAUACAGGAAGUCAUUUGGAGGCUUCUCAGCAGUAAAGGAUUUAAGUAGUGUCCCAGGAGUUGGUGAUUGCAUUGUGGAACAAAGUCGUACUCAGCUGACAUGUAGUACACGCAAACGCAAAGCUGUCAGGACACCUAAAGUAAAAGAUAAUGUUGAAAGCAAGGGACAGCCAUCAUCUAGUGGGUUGUCAGCCAGAUCUAUCAGACACAAUCUACGAGCACUGUCCAAAUCAGCCGAGGAACAUGUUGAUGAUGGUAACAGUAUUGUUUCCCAUGAUGAUCACAUGCCAGAGGACGAGUCCGGAGAUGAGGUCAUGUUCCGUGAAGAAGACAGGGGUUCAUCUAAUGCUCAACAUAAAUCUAGGAUUCCUAUACCAGUCAAUGGACUCUUCAGUGGCCAUGUGCUGAAAAGAAAAGGUCAUGUGGUAAAGGAAGAGCCUGACUCAUCUCCUGGGAAAAAAUUCUGUCGAGAUGGAGAUUAUCAAAGUACCUUUGUGAACUUACAAAAGUCAUCACGACAGAAUUUAAUUGCUACACAACGAAUGAGGAUUCCAUCCAAAGAGCAUCCUCCAGACAAAUUAGCAGAAUGGUUGCAAAUAUUUCAGAAUUGGGGUAAUGCAGAGAGACUGAUGGCUCUGGACGAGUUGAUUACAUUGUGUGAUCCUACACAGGUUCGACACAUGAUGCAGGUUAUUGAACCUCAGUUCCAGAGAGAUUUUAUAUCACUUUUGCCAAAAGAGCUUGCCCUUUAUGUACUUUCUUUCCUGGAGCCAAAAUCUUUACUGAAAGCUGCCCAGACAUGUCGUUACUGGCGAGUGCUAGCCGAGGACAAUUUGCUCUGGAGAGAGAAAUGUCGAGAGGAAAGUAUUGAUGAUAAUUUAGUCUAUGGCAGUAAUCGACUCAGGCGACGUCAUACCUCUCGGUGUCCUUGGAAGUCAUUAUACAUGAGGCAGCAUCAAAUAGAACUUAAUUGGAGAACAGGAGAAAUACCUGGUCCUAAGUUAUUAAAAGGUCAUGAUGACCAUGUGAUAACAUGUUUAGAGUUUUGUGGAACUCGUAUUGUCAGUGGGUCAGAUGACAACACCCUCAAAGUCUGGUCAGCCAUCACAGGAAAGUGCUUAAGGACAUUAGUUGGUCACACAGGAGGGGUAUGGUCAUCCCAGAUGUCUAACAGUGUGGUCAUCAGUGGCUCGACUGACCGAACACUGAAAGUGUGGAAUGCCGACACAGGGCAGUGUAUACAUACAUUGUAUGGACAUUCUUCUACUGUACGAUGUAUGCAUUUACAUAGAAAUGUGGUGGUGAGUGGAUCACGAGAUGCUACAUUACGGGUAUGGGAUAUUGACAGUGGUGCUUGUUUACAUGUAUUGAUGGGUCAUGUGGCAGCAGUGCGAUGUGUUCAGUAUGACGGUAGGAGGGUGGUCAGUGGAGCCUAUGAUUACAUGGUCAAAGUCUGGGACCCAGAAACAGAAACAUGCUUACAUACACUUCAGGGACAUACAAAUAGGGUUUACUCUCUUCAGUUUGAUGGUAUUCACAUUGUGAGUGGAUCUCUGGACACAUCUAUCCGUGUUUGGGAUGUAGAAGCUGGGAACUGUUUACAUACAUUAAUUGGUCAUCAGUCUUUGACCAGUGGUCUGGAACUGAAGGACAAUAUUCUGGUUUCUGGUAAUGCAGAUUCUACUGUCAAAGUUUGGGAUAUAACAACAGGCCAGUGUCUUCAAACCUUACAAGGACCCAAUAAACAUUCUAGUGCUGUGACCUGUUUACAGUUCAACAAAAAGUUUGUGAUCACAUCCUCGGAUGAUGGAACAGUCAAAAUAUGGGACUUAAAAACUGGUGAUUUCAUUCGGAAUCUAGUGGCAUUAGAUAGUGGGGGAAGUGGCGGUGUUGUGUGGCGAGUGCGAUGUAGUAACACUAAACUUGUCUGUGCUGUUGGAAGUAGAAAUGGCACUGAAGAAACAAAACUUCAUGUACUCGACUUUGAUGUGGAUGAAAAGAAAUGUUUAUACUGAUAUGAAUGAGAUUAUUUAUGUACUUGUCGUCUGUAGAUCAGAUGAGCAAGGGGAGGCAACUUUAUUUGUUAGUGCACAUCUUUUCCCAAUACUUACGAAUUUGCUCCAGUUCAACAGGCAUUACGUUCAAUGUAUAUUUACAGUUUCUAUUGGCUGUUUGUAUUUCUUGCCUCUUCAGAUUGAACUGUAAAUCUAUGAUCAGUCGGUGCAGAUGAUAUAAUGAGUAUUAACUAUAAUUUGGUCACACAGUAGGAUUAAAAGAAAUAAUUUGCAUUGUCAGGCUUUCAAGUUAAAAGGGCAUACAAAUCAUUAAAUUUUGUGAUCUUUUUUAAACUGCAUUAAAUCGUUAGUACAGUAAUUGGCAAAAAUGUCUGAUUUUCUUAUAAACCAAUUGUCAGUCAACAUUAAAUGCUACCAAGUUGCUCAUUCUUUAAGAUAUGCAGGUUUUUCUGUCUUUUGUAUAACAAAAAGUCUUUAUCUGUGAAAUCGUUUUUAUUGUAUCAAGAAGUCAUUUUUUUCAGGUUUUAAAAUGAAGUUUUAGGGGAAAAAAGAACAUCUAUUGAAACCCAAUUUCUCAGGUAAAACUCUGAUGUUUACUGUGAAAGUACUUUAAUUUGUGGGUAUCAAUUUUCGUGGUUUGAGCGAAAGUUACAUGUUCAUGGGUUCUUAAAUUCGUGGAUUUUACUUUUCUGAAGAAAAAAAUUGUUAAGUAGAUUCUUGAAAAUAAUCAUAUGUUGUUUUAUAAUCAUUUGUGGGACAUUGCUUAAUAAUGUGUUCAUUUUCACUUACUUGUUCGUCUUUCAUUACUGACAACUUUCACAAUUUUCUUUUGUUAAAAUAAUUGCUUUCGUAAAUAAGUUGAUUAAUUUAUGGUUAAAAAUUGCCUCGAUAGAAGGAAAUUGUAAAGUAAACAUUUUAAUUAAUAAUUGCACAUGUUUAAUCAGAAAUGAUGACAAUAAUUAACCCCAAAUCGAAUGAUCAACAGAUUAACGGUUAUCAAAGGUGUUAAUUGGGUAAUAACGUGACACUUGAACAUUUUAAAGCAAACGAUUACAUAAACAAAUGCCACAAAUGUACUUUGAAAUGUAGAAUUAAUUCUAAAUGAAAUAAAAAAGCAAGCCCAAUAUGAUUUUUUUCGUAAGAUCAUCAUUGGAUAUCAUCACCAGGAGUUUGACUUUCUUUGAUCUAAACUUAUUUUUUAUGACAAUUAAAGGUUAAAAGUCGUAGGUUUUAUAAAAUGAAAUGGAUUAUAAAAUCCUGUCUGAAGUUGUAUAUUUAGUUCUUAUUGCGUUUGCUUAUAUUCGAUGUAUUUAUUCUCUUGAUAUGUUGGUAUCAAUGAAGUCAAACCUACAAGGGGGUCUUUCCGUGUCUUGAUUUGGACAACAAUUGUUAUAUUUCGUUGGACACUUAAAUUCGUGGAUAAAGCCAUCCACGAAAACCACGAAAAUUGGUACCCUACGAAUAAAAGUACUUUCACAGUAGUAAUAGGACGCGAGAUGUUACACUUGAGUAAUUUUGUUUGCAACAAAGAUGAUUUUAAAAAAGUUUAACAGCCUCCACAUGCUAGAAAAUUUGUUGACACAUGAAUACUUUAGGCUGUAAAUCUCAGAAAGUUUUAAACAGAAUAUCACAUAAUAGCUAUGUUUAAACUGAAAAAUUAUUACUAACUAGUCAUAUCUGCUCUGAAAAAAUUCUAAAUAAACAUUUGUGUUACAGUUCUCUGUUCAAGUUUGAGAGAAAUCUAACAUUGAUCAAAUUUAAAUAGGAUAUGGUAAAAGUCUGUUACAAGGGACAUCAUUUCUUAAUGUGUUCACUUUCUAAUGAUCAAAUCUCUUGUAGUUAUCAGAAUUACUUAUAUUUCUUUUUUCAAAUCAUGCAUGAAAUUGAAGAUUUGGUAUUUAUGUUUAAUAUAAAGGGAACAAUCAUCACUUUGGUGCAUCAUAUAUCUGUUAGUCACAGUAAUUGUUAUCAAUAUUUACUGUUGUACGUUUCAAAUUUGGUAUUGUCAUCUUGGUGUUAUCUGUUUUUGGACAUUCAAAGAUUUCCAAUGUAUACACUUAGCCAUUAAAGAAAAGGACUAACUUUUGAUUGUCUCUGAAUAAUGCCACACCAAAUUCAUGUGAUAGGGGCCAGAAACAUUUUGAAAUCUUUUUGCUCAUUUAAAAUCUAAUCUAAAAAAAAAUAAACAUCUUUAGGCUAAAUUUCCAAAAAAUUAUUCUUUAAUAAAUGAUAAAAAAAUAAAGGAAUCAUUUCCUAUUUACAUAAUAAGGUUCUAUCAGUUCCAGGAUUUAGGAGAAGAAAAGUACUCACCCUUGUUUUAAUUCCAAAGAAAACCAAAUUUGAUUUUGGUGGCUUUAUUCCGCUUUUCAUUGCUAAUUCAAGUUCCUGUCUGAUUUAUUGUUUCUAUGAUAGUAUGAAUUUGUCUAUUUAUAGUCCUUUGUCGACUGUCUUAGCAUUAGUAUAGAUGUAUCUUGUUAAUUCUUGUAUGAGAAUGUUGUUAUUAUGGAAAUAUCACAAAAAUUUCAAUCAUCAGAAAACAGCUUAAUAGGACCAUUCUUGCAAUAUGCAUGGAUUUAAAAAUCUUAAAAAAAAUUUAAAAAAGAAGUUUAUCUUUUGAAAUUUUCCAUUUGCCACAACCAAGUCAUUAUGAAGACAAUACUUUGGUAACAUAGACACUUUUGUUCUGUCGACAUUAAAAUUGUUUAAUGUGUUAAAUUUUAGACAAAAUUAAACUUAACUCACUAAAUAAUAUUGUCUGACAGUUUUUUUUGUCAAGGGAAGUAAAUCUUAUCUUAUGCUUUUUAAAAGGCAUGUUUUACAGAUUUUCAAACAAAAGUCCUUAUAUUAAACAUUAUGAAAAAUGUUUUUAAAAUUUAUGACACUCAACAAUUAUACAGAGAUUAAAAAAACAAAUAUUAUUUUGUGUUUUUGCAAUGGCCUAUAUUAAAUUUUGGUCAAUUAAAAAUACCAAGAGAACCCUGUAUUUGAUAAUUUGUUUUAAUACAGCGCUAUAUUUAAGCACCAUGAUAAAAUUACACCACUGUUAAAAUAACCAGCGAAACAGCUGUUAGAUAUAUUAUAUUCCAUCUUGGACAUUUUGCCAAUUAACUUACAAGUUUAAUUUAAAAAUGUAUAAAUGUACUAUUGUUAAGUCUGACCAUUAUAAAAUAUUGUAUACUUGGUUUUGUGUGAUUUGAUGAAUCUUGUAGUUAAACAAUUUUGUGUUUGAGUGAGACAAUUUUUAAAUGAUUUUUGUUUUGUAAAUCUCUUUAAUGUAUGCAGUUACUUUAGAACACUAAAGGAGGUCAUUUUUGUAAAAUUGACACUUUAAAUUCCUAUGGAAAAUCGGGUGGAUUUUGUCUACCCCUCCCGAAGGUUAGAAGUGGACAUCCCAUUUGUUUUUUUUUUUUCAUCAUAAGAUUUGGACAUCAAUACCUUGAAAGAGUUAUUUAUAACUUUUGGAUUCAAUACUUAUUAAAAUCUGAGGUCAGUUAGACCUACCGUGGAUUCAUUAUUAUUCGUGGGAUACCAAUUUUCGUGGAUAAAGGUGAACCAUGAAUUUCAAUGUUCAACGAAGUAGAAUUUUUUUAUAGGCUUGUAUGCAGACUGCGGCAAAACCACAAAAUCAAGCGGCAAAACCACAAAAUCAAAUGUCCAUGAAAAUACAAUUUUUCCUCAAUCCACGAAAAUUAGUACUCACGAAAAUACCACAAGAGUAAGUUGUCCUGGAAAGGAGGGUGAUAUCUACAAUUCUUUUGUUAUACAGUAUGAAAUAUAAGUAUUGAGAUUUCUGUAAGUAAAAGCAACCAUGUAGCAUCAUUCUUUAAAAUAGAGAAACAGACCAGAUCAAAAACUUUGGUUAUGUAUGCUUUAGAUAUCCUGUUAUUUGCACCAUUGAUCAAACUUAAAACAUUAGGUGGUACAAAAAAAAGAUAAAUAUAAAAAAAUCAAUGUAGGUUCCAAAAGUGGCUUUCAUUGGCAGAGGUCAAUUGUAUCGAUUGACCACUGUUUGUUAUUGCAACUUGUUAGAAAUUUGAUGCAAGAGAAUAAAGUUGUGUUUCUGUUGUAUAGAUGGAACUUAUUCUCUGUCAUCAAUGUAUCCGGCAAUCAUCAUCUCAUGUGAUAUCUGUUUAACGUACAAGCAUAGUCUGUGGGUAUCUUACACCUUUUUGUUUCGUAAUGGAGCAAAUUGAAAUAUUCAAAUUACUGUUUUUAAUACAGUUUAAUAUAAUUUUUUCUUCGAAGUCCUUGUUGAAGAAAUGUUCAUUUAGGGAUGUACUUAGGUGAAAUUAAAAAAAUCUAGAAUUUAAAAUUGAUACAAUAAGUCGGAAGAGCAUUAGUAAAGGAACAAAAUAAGCUAAAAAUAUUGAUAGGUUAUGGAUUUCCUUUUCGAGAUAUUUGAGUUUUAAAAAAUGUCGGGAGAAGGCUGACUCGGACUUUUACCUUAUAUUUGCAUUGGUAUUAAUUAGUUGGGUCUCAAAUCAAAAGAAAGGAAAUCUAGAAUCUGCUUAAUUUUUGGUAAAUGACCUUUUAAGAGCUAUUGAAGUCUUAUAUGAAAAGAAAAAUGGGUGUUAUGGGGCAAAAUAUUUUACCCUGUAUUGAAGGAAGAAUACCAAGGAGUCCGAAGAUCUGACACAAAUUCCUAAACCUCACCUAAGUACAUCCUUAAAUAACACAAAAUACAAUGCUAAAUUUCAGGUUAAAAACUAUAUGCUUACACUUUCAGAUAAUACAUAAUUUAUUUGUACUCACUUUAAAUGGUUACACACAUGUUGUCUUUUUCAUGCCUGAUAUUGUAAGAAUGAUGAACAUUUUUAGAGAUCUGUGUGAAUGUUUUGUAGUGCUCAUAAGACAUUGGUAUGCUUGUGUUUUGAUGUGUGUAUGUAUUUUGUCAAUAUGUUUAUUUUUCUAGAUAUUAAAUUAUGAGUGGUCAGUAAUUUUUCCCAAUUUUGGGUAAUUAUGUAUUUGUUAUGUGUUUUUUGCAUUGUGUUUUUUCUGUGUAUCUUGUACAUUUGAAGUUGUGGGAAGUAAAAGAUAACAUACCACUAAGUUUUCUAUUGGGAUUCGAGGAUUUUCUCUUUUGUCUUGAUCAGGGACCAUCUCAAGAGUACAUAACGGUAAAACAUUACAGGGUAAGUUACACUUUCUUGAUGGUGUUGUUUUUUGGUCAAAUCUCUGGUUAUCAACUUAACAUACAAAUUGUAAUAUCAUGAUUUAAGGAUGUUCGCUCCUCUUGUUUUGAAUUUUUGUCAGAUAUUAGGAAUCCUCUGGUUUUAUCCAUGUAGUGCCAUUAAAAAUUUUGGCCGCUAACCCCUUCUUUUAUUUUCAUUAUUUUAUUACAUAUUGUUUAAAAAGCCAUAUUUAAAAAUCUUAUACAAUCUUUUGGUUUUUUUUGGUAGUUUUUGUAAGAAAAAAAUGCCUAUGUUAAAUGUAUGAAAAAUACAGAGAGAAUCAUUUCCUGACAAUUUUCAGUAGCUUAUAUCUCGAAAAACAAGGACACAGACCCUUUAUUUUUUCAGAUUUUUUAGUUCCGUUAUUUAUAUACUAUCAAUUAUAACAGUCUUUUAAAAAAGCUUGUUAUUUUGAAACAGAGUAGCAAACAUCCUUAACACUAAAUCUUAACUGCCAAGAUACUAUGACACUUUGAGACGGUCCUUGGUUUUUAAAUACUUUCUUAAAGAGGGAUUUCAUCUAAUGAAGUUUAUAUAUAUAUUAUUUAUUUAUUAUCUAUCUAGAUGCAAUAUUUGAUAUUGUGUUCACUCUGUCUUCUUACUAUCUGUUUAUCUGUACAUUUUUCUUUAUUGUUCAGUAUAUUUUUCAAUAUUGUUAUUUGGUAUGUAAAUGUAUAAGAAUUAAAAACUUGUGGUAAGAUUUAUAAAGUUAAAGUAACUUGCUAAACCUUAAGUAAGUUAAGGGUUUGUUUUGAAUAGAUUCUUUUCUGGUUUCAAAUAUAAUUCUUUGUAAUCCUUCUCUGUUCAAAUUUUUUUGGACUUAAAUUGAUAAAAAAAAAUCGAAGUAUGAAGUAAUUCUCAUAAAAUUUUCUAGAUUGACGUUCGAAGUUGAAAGAAAUUAUAAAAAAAGACAAUUUUGAUGUCUCUACUGCUAAGUCCAGAUUUCUUUCAGGCAACCCUUAAUUUUAAAGUAUCACUACAACCAGAUAAAGCUACCUCCCGUACAAUAUAUUUAUAUUUCAAGAUUUGAUGUUCUUCAUAAAGAACUUUGAUAGUUGAAAUAAGGGGGAUGUAUAUCAUGCUCAUGGUGCAACUGUUAUAUAAUUGUUUGUCCAAGCUGGUUACAUGUACAAGUAAAGUGAAGCAAAUCAUUUCAAUUGUUAUGACAUUUUUAAUCACACUUAGUCCAAUUUUCUUGCAAGUAUGUCAAAAAUGCCUUGUUAACACCUUUGAUUUGUAAUUAUACAAAAACAAGGAAAGCAAUUACUGUAAAUUCAGAAAUUAUUGCGUGCAUUUAUUAUUGCGAUUUUUUAAAAAUGGACAAGAAUGUGAGUUUAAUUAUUGCGAUUUCAGCAAAAUCUACGUACAGAUCUAUGUUUUAGUUAUCAAAAUGCGGGUUCUUAUUAUUGCGAUACUCAUCUUGUCGCAUUAUUCGCAUUUAUAAAAACCUCGCAAUAAUUUCUGAAUUUACAGUAG